AUGGUGCCCUCUGGUCCAGUUGUCCAGGACAACAGCACUGGAAAGCAGUCACAAACGAGGACAUACCAAGACCUGCUGAAGGAUCAUCAUGAUGAGGAGCAGUUUGAAUAUUACACCACUUCCCAACUGGUGGUAAUUGAUGCACGGUCUGGGGAGAUUCUGGCCAAGGCAGCACCAAGGAUGUACACGGGUGCUGUUGGAUCUCCAGACUCACGAUUUCUGCUUGUUUCUUGGAUGGAUCGCCCGUUCUCAUAUGAAACUCCAUGUGGCCGCUUUCCAAAGAAGGUAGGAG